CUAUAUAGUGUGUGGAAGUGGUGGAGAGUACAUGUCACCCACCGAGUUUGCAAGGCGAUGCACUUCAGGAUGCUGUAAUUUUUCUUAGGUGUUUUAGCUGCGCUCAAGCAUUCGCGUCUUUAUUUUAUCUGCACGUACGGUUGUGUCUGUCAUGGAACGGUGCUAUUCCAAACAGAGCAGCCACGCCAUGGCUCCCCUCGCCUCUUUCCCGGCUGGGAGUGCGCUGACAGCCGGCCAUUCUGCCGUGCAGUCUUCCAUCAAGAGGCAUGCGGUUAAGAGGCACCACCACAAGCACAACAUCAAACACAGAUACGAGUUUUUGGAGACUCUGGGCAAAGGGACUUACGGGAAAGUCAAAAAAGCAGUGGAGAGAUCCGGGAGAGUGGUCGCCAUCAAAUCGAUCCGGAAGGAGAAGAUCAAAGACGAGCAGGAUCUAAUCCACAUCCGUCGCGAGAUUGAGAUUAUGUCUUCGCUCAGCCACCCGCACAUCAUCACCAUCAACGAAGUGUUUGAGAACAAGCACAAGAUCGUGAUUGUAAUGGAGUAUGCCAGCAAAGGCGACCUUUACGACUACAUCUGCGAGAAGCAGCGACUGAGUGAGCAGGAGGCCCGGCACUUCUUCAGGCAGAUCGUCUCAGCUGUGCACUACUGUCACCGGAAUGGAAUUGUGCAUCGGGAUCUGAAGCUGGAAAACAUUCUCCUUGACGGGAAUGGGAAUAUCAAGACAUCUGUCGGCCAGGUGAACUGUUUUGGGCUCUCCAACCUAUACCACCGUGACGAGUACCUGCAGACGUUCUGCGGCAGCCCCCUAUACGCCUCCCCGGAGAUCGUGACGGGCCAGCCAUACCGCGGGCCGGAGGUGGACAGCUGGUCCCUGGGGGUCCUACUCUACACGCUGGUCCACGGCGCCAUGCCCUUCGACGGACACGACUACAAGAACCUGGUGAAGCAGAUCACCAGCGGGCAGUACCGCGAGCCGGCCAAACACUCUGAUGCUUCUGGCUUGAUUCGCUGGAUGCUGAUGGUAAACCCGGAGCGGCGUGCCACGGUAGAGGACGUGGCUGGGCACUGGUGGCUGAACUGGGGGUACCUCUGCCCCCUGCUGGGUGCGGGCGAGACUUUGGCAUCAGCGAAGCAUGCCUCCGUGGAGGCUGCCGACAUCUCGGAUUCUGCAGGAGGCCUGGCGGGCAUCGCUGACUGGCUGCGUCGCACGUCCCGCCCCCUCUUCGAAAACGGCUCCAAGGUGCGCUGCCUGCUGAGGCCACAGGGGGGUGUGGUGGUACGCCAGCGCUCGGUGAGGAAAUCCCGCAAGGCGAACGAUGUGUCCCAGACUCUGCAGGACAAGAGUUCCUGCACCGACAAACAGCCCAAAGGGAUCCUGAAAAAGAGGGGAAGCUUCAGGCAGAAAAUGCAGGCUGCCCCUGCCGUCGACCCCGUCAAAACGGAAGAUGCCAAAAUGGAAGACCCCUUUUCCAACUCCGAAAUGUCACCCCCAACUCCUCCGGCUUCUCCAGUAAACCCGGCCGCUCCCAGGAAAGGCAUCCUGAAGAAGCCUGUGAAGCGAGAGUCUGGCUACUACUCCUCCCCAGAGAGGAGCGACUCCUCCAGGAAUCUGGCCUCCCUGAUCACGCCUCCUCCCGAGGCCUCUUCCCACCUCCGCAAGGGCAUCCUGAAGAAGAACGGGAAGUUCUCUUCCGGCUCUCCGAGCAGGUUUGGCUCCUUGGACGAGCUGGCGGUGUUGGAGUGCGGCUCUUCUAUCCGAAGCCAUCCCUCCGGCGCUAUCGGCGAGGACCGCAUCCUUGACCGGCUGGAGCUGCCGGAGGAAGAGGCAGGUCCAGGGAGCGUCUGCAGGGUUCCGGCCAUGCGGGGCUGUGUCUCUGCCGACAACCUCCUGGGACUGGAUGAGAGCGAGAGGGGGCGGCCCCACCUCUGGAACAUGCGCUGCUACGAGGAGAGGGUAGGCGACAGCGCCUUCUCGCUCACAGACUGCGAGAACGUCACGGAGGUCUACAAACGGGCAGUGGAGAUCCGCGGCAAGAUCAGCUGAGACUUGCCAAAAAAAAAAUAACGCACCAACUAAAGAAACACCAAGCCGGUUUUGUAAAGAGAGAUCUUUGCUUUGCCCCUUAACGCAGCAAGGAAUGCUGUAUCCUGACUUGAUUCCAGCCAGGCUGGUCCUGGACAGUGUGUGUGUUUUUUUUUAUUUAUUUAUUUUUGUUAAUAGAGGUUUAAAAAACAAAAAGGGGUUUGUUUUUUCCUGUUCGGUGGAUGGGGCUUGUUUUAGUGACAGCCUGCAGAGCUUUAUUCUUUGGAAUCUCAAGGGGUGUCGGAUUGGCUUGUCUACGCUUUAUCAAGGCUUCUAUGUUGAAGUAGAGUUCAUAUACUACCCGCCUUUACCCUAUACUACCUGAGCACAGAGCAGUAAGACACUGUACAAUUUGACUGAGUAAAUCAGGCUUGUUUUAAAUGUUUUCCU